AUGGGCGCGAGGCUUCACUUGCUCUCCCUGCUUCUUACUUCACUCGCUUUCACAACCCACGCUCAGGUAGCACCAUCGACACUGAUCGCUAGGCGAUUCAAUCCCCUCGACGUUGACACGCCUUCGCCCGAGGACGGGCCCCCGAUAUCAGCCAGCGCACUCCGCGACACGAGCUACCUGCCCGCGCAGAUUGGAGGCAUCGUCGGCGCCUACGCUCUAUCCCUGGUGCUGGUCGCCAUUACACUGCUAUCGCUCGCAAAAAAGAGGCGAGAGCACAUCCACUCGGGCCACGACGUCGGCGACUUUGGCGAAGACAAGGAGCUCUUCGCGCUACACAUUGUCCCGCCCUCGGAGCAAGUUCUAGACGACGUCCCCAACUUUUCGUACCCGUCACCAAGGGUCGAGUACUUUGAUAUCGAGCCGGUGCGCUACCCUUCACCUGUCUCCUCCGUUGGCGUACCAGGCGUCAGCCCCUUUGUGGACCCACGCAUCGUAGCAGCCGACAAGAUCAUGGCGCAAUCACAGCUGGAGGACAUGUAUAGACAUGUCAUGGAGCACGAGGACGCCAAGGAGAGGGGCAUUCAGCGAGAUGCGCUGUCGUAUCCUGCAGACUCGAGGGCCGCGAGCAUCGAGAGGCCAGCGCCGGCGACCCUGUCCAAGAAGGAGAGGUCCAAGCCGGCGAGCCUGAACCUCAGCAGCGCCAAGGAGGACCGCAGCACGGGGUCCAAGACGUCGUCGCUGCUGUCGGCGCUGCGGUCGCCCAAGAAGAAGUCGGUCAAGGGCGUCAACAUCUCGUCGCCCAUACUCACCCCCCAGUCGGCCACCUUUCCGCGCCACUCGGACGUCUCGUCCAUGGGCGCCAUCCCCCCGCGCCAGUACGCCAACCUGCCUCCGCCUCCCCCUGUGCCUCACUCGGACCACGUCGCCAUCGGCAUGGCCAGGACGCGAGGCAGCAUUGCCAACAUCACGCCCGAUCAGUCGCCCGAAAGCGUUCAGUCUAUUGACGAGCGCAUCGGUGCACAACUAGACUUUCGUCGAGACUACGGCCAGGGCAGAGUGGUCUCCCAUCACGUCGCGCAGGAGCCGGACCCGGAGUCGGCCACGUCAGAGCACUCCCAAGUGCCCCUCGUCGGUCUUCCACGCUCGCCCAAACCGCACGCCACGUUUGGGAACUCUACCCUGCCGUCGUCCCCCAAGCCCGGCGCGUCUUUCUCGCGACCUAAUGCGCCUAGCGCUGUGCGCACUGGUGGCUCUCUUCCCUUGCGUGCCUACGAGCCAGCCCUCACCUCCCCGUCCGCCGUGCCUCAGACGACCAAGCAGACUGUGUUUGAGCGCAAGGGUCCUCUGUCGCCCAUGGGCGGCCGUACACCAGGGACGAGCAUGCCGUACUCGCCCUACCAGCCCUUCACGCCAUGCAUGCCCAUGACGCCGUCGCUGGUGACCAAGGAGGAGAGGAAGAAGAUGAAGAAGAUGGUGCCCAAGACGCCGACGAUGGAGCUGGUGCAGAACCCAGACGACGUGUGGUGA